CGCGUUCGCGUUGUUUAUAUUUAUCUCAGCAACUUUUUUUUUCUUGAGUGGUCUGAUGCUUAUUCGUCACCCCCUGUAAGUGUUUGCAAAUGUUGUCUGCGCCCUAAACUAGUUUCGUGGCUCGAGACAGAGAGCGUUGAAGGUCCUGCCACGCCAUCAAUUCAUUGGUUUAAAAUAAAAAAGCUCUUGUACAGUUUUACUUAUCUUCUUAUAUCGAUCGUGAAGAGAUCGUGCUCGUUUACAUCUUUCAGUAUCUUUAUCAGAAUCCAUUAUAGUCUCAAGGGACGUAAGAUAACAACCUAUCUUAUCUCUGAAUGAGGAUACGAUAAUCGUCCCAAAAUCUAUGUCA